UUUACUAGCCUGAGGGAGAGUUUGUUUCUGCCUUCGUCCUGCGGGAAGCUUCAGUUCACAGACGGCAGCGAGUCGAGUGACAAGCGGCUGAAAUAAAAACCAUGGCUGUGAACAAAUGCGUCAAAUACCUUCUCUUCUUCUUCAACCUGCUUUUCUGGAUUAGCGGUUGCAUCAUCCUGGGUGUCUCCAUCUACCUGAAAGUCAGCAAAGAUGGUAACCAGAUCACCAAUGAGUCUCUUCCUGGCAUCGACCUGAUGAUCGCCAUCGGGGUGAUCAUCAUGGUGCUCGGCUUCCUGGGCUGCUGCGGCGCCAUCAGAGAGAACCGCUGCAUGUUGCUGCUGUUCUUCAUCACCCUCCUCAUCAUCUUCAUCCUCCUGCUGGCGGCGGGCAUCCUGGGUGCCGUGGGCGAGAACAAGGUGAAGGACUGGGUGAAGGAGCGUCUGCAGAGUAAGUUCACCCCGCUGUCAGACCAAAAGGAGGACGUGAAGGAAGACCUGGAGAAACUGCAGCGGGAGCUGAAGUGUUGUGGUCUUUUGAAUGGACCAUCAGACUGGCAGAAGAUUCCCGACUCCUGCCGCUGCAAUGCCACCGAGCCGGACUGCAAGUCCUCCGCCGUCUACUCCACGCCCUGCUCUGAAAAAAUCAUCCAACUGCUGGAGCAAAACAUGGAGGUGGUGCUGGGAAUCGCCUUUGCCAUCGCCAUCCUGCUGAUUUUCGGCAUGGUCUUCUCCAUGAUGCUCUACUGUCAGAUCGGCAGGAAGGAGACCGCCACCACCGCCUGAACGCCUGUGCAUGGCCACGCCCCCCCAGUUGCCUGACACCCAAUCAGCAGUGCUCAGAUGACCCGUGUAAUAUGCACCACGUAUCCUCGGUGCUCCUUAAAGUAACCCGUGCUUUUACUGUGAAGGAGCACGCUGAUAUUUUGGUUGAAUUUAUUUAAGCUGCUCGUGACAUUAAUAUCUUCACCAGAAAACAAGCUAACUUCCCAGAAUGUCAGAGUGCUUCUUUCAUUUUAACAGCAAUGACAUGUUUUCUGUAGACAUCCGACAGCCACUUCGAAACCGAGCUCCAGUCUGUUUCUGCUCACACUUUGGCCUCCAUGAACAACAUUUGGCAAAAUAAAAGUCAAAAACUGCUCAAGUCACUUUGGUGUCCGGGGCUCAUUAUGUAUGGAAGCCCAUUGCUGCAAAGAAUAAAUAUAAACUAUCACUAAAUAUGAAGUUAGGUAUUACAAAAAUAUAAAUUCUCAAGUAAGAACUGAUUCAUAUGAGUGCUUUACAGUCAAUACUGUAAAACAAAACAAAUUAAUGAAAGAUAUCUACUCAAAUAUAGACUUAUCAUUUUAGCUUAGCUCAUUUUUUUUCUGUAUUUAAAGGGACAGUUCACCCCAAAAUGAAAAUUUCCCAUUUUCCUCUUACCAGUUGUAGUGCUGUAAGUUAAGUCACACCAGAACAAUUUUGGGGUGAACAGUCCCUUUAAUCUGUCUUAUGUGAAAGAUGCUUAAAGUCAAAUCAUUGAUAAAUGAAGUAUUGAAUCAUCAUUUUUAGAUAUGUGUGAGAGUUUUGUAUGUUAAGUCGUUUGAGGCAGGAAUGGGCUUCCGUAGUUUAUCUCCAAACGUGUUCUGCUGUAAUCUCUGGAAAAUAUUACAAAGUAAUCCUCAGGAAGUUGUGGUGUGUGCUUGUAUUGUUGCUCCAUUAACCUUCCAGAAAUCUACAUUUAGCCAUUUUGCCAUCAUAAAAGAAAUCGUUUUGAAUUUGACGCUGCAGAGAUUUAAUAUGAUGUAUCACCUUGUCGUUUUUAGCCUCAUUAGCUUCUGACUCUUUUGAUUUUUAAAGUGCAGAAGUGGAGCAAAACUUUUCUUGUUUCUUUGCACUCUGAAUCCUGUUGCUGAUGUGUAUAUGAGUUUGUUUUUGUACUUUCAGUGGUUGAAAGCUUGAUAGUUUUUAUUCUUGUGUGUCUCUGUCUCCUCACACAGUUUAGUUUGGGACUUCCAGUGUCAUACUCAUAAUAUAACAACUUCUACAUUAAAGUGCUUGUCUUUUAUUUUGUUGUCCACCCCCAUUGGAGAAAUAAAGAAUAACUAAAAAAUA